CAGAAGUACCUAAAAAUACACGACGCCCAGUUCGGUUUUCGACCGAAACUAUCCACUGAAAGCGCAAUUCUGGCUCUCAAGCACACCGUCCACUAUUACACCAACCGCAAGACACCGGUGUACGCCUGUUUCUUAGAUCUCUCCAAAGCCUUCGAUCUCGUUUCAUACGAUGUGCUCUGGGGAAAAAUGAGGGACAGGGGUAUACCGGUUCAGUUGAUUAAUUUGUUUCGGUAUUGGUAUGCAAACCAAACCAAUUCUGUGAAAUGGUCGAACAGUAUCUCUGAGCCAUACGGGUUGGAGUGUGGAGUGAGACAGGGGGGGAUAUCGUCUCCUACACUCUUCAACCUGUAUGUUAAUGAUCUCAUAGUUGAGCUUAGCAGCAGGCGUGUCGGAUGCUGGGUGGGGGGUGUUAAUGCUAACAACUUUAGUUACGCAGACGACAUGGUGGUGCUGGGACCGACUGUGAGGGCCAUUGCAGAGCUGUUAGAGGUAUGUGAGUCAUAUGCCAAGGCACAUGGUCUCAUAUACAAUGUUAAGAAGAGUCAGUACAUGAUCUUUAAGGCCGGUGGUAAAUGUCCUGAACACAUCUCCCCCGUAUUAAACGGGGUGAAAUUGACGCGUGUUUAUCAAUUCCGUUACCUGGGACAUAUUCUCACUGAUGACCUUAGGGACGAUGCAGAUAUAGAGAGGGAGCGCAGGUCUCUGGCGAUUCGCGGAAAUAUGCUGAUAAGAAGGUUCGCCCGUUGUUCAGACCAAGUAAAAAUAACACUCUUUAAAGCCUACUGUCAGAGUAUGUACACGGGCAGCCUUUGGUUUAGUUACACUAAAAAAUCGCUAAAUACACUGCGCAUACAGUAUAAUAACAUUUUCAGGAUGAUGUUGAAACUCCCUCGCUUUUGCAGCGCCUCCGGUAUGUUUGCUCAGGCCCAAACGGAUGGGUUUCAUGCCAUAAUUAGAAAGAGAGUGUCAUCUAUGCUAAGGAGGGUGCGGGGGAGUGAAAACAGUAUCCUGAAAAUAGUGGCUCAGGAUCUCAAUGCACCUCUGCUGAGACACGUCGUCCGGGUGAUGACGGAAAUAGAAGACUGUCGUAUUGGUGUACGUGAUCAUCCGCACGGAGUGCCUCGCAAGUACAUGAUUUACUGA